GUAUUUCAAAGGGAGUGCAUCCCUAUUAAAAUGACGAAAUACGGAAAGUGGACUAGCUACAAAAUGACACCAUAUUAUGUAUGUUUAUAGGACAAAUAAGCCUACCUCUCUAGAUAGACGUUGAGAAUGUCGAUUUCGAAUCUAAUUAUCUUUUUGUGUAUAUACUUUUUGACUGAACUACGUGCGCAACACGAGAUAUGUUCGCGACACACAUGUCAUCAGCCUACCUGUCGUUGCCCAGCACACAGUAUUCCAGGAAAUAUUCGCCCGGAAAAAGUUCCGCAGAUGAUUUUAAUAGCAUUCGAUGACGCUGUUAACUGGGAUAAUUGGAAGUAUUAUUUAAGGCUGUUCCCUCCUGAUGGUCGCAGAAAAAAUCCAAAUGGAUGUCCUAUUUCUUCUACAUUUUUUGUCUCUCACAAUUUUACGGACUAUUGCAUGGUACGAAAACUUCACGCUCGUGGAAUGGAAAUAGGAGAUCACAGCGUUACCCACAAAUUACCGAGACUUUGGUGGACCGAAGCCAAUAAAUCAGAAAUGCAAUACGAGGUUUUGAAUCAAAGGAGGAACCUAGCUGACCUAGCACAUAUUCCAUUGGAAGACAUUCGAGGCUGGCGAAGUCCAUUUCUGCAGCCGGCAGGAGACGAUCUAUUUUCUGUUCUCUACGAAAACAAUUUCACAUAUGAUGCAACCAUGACGUACUCUUUCCCAAAAAAUCUCUACUCACCUGUCUUGUGGCCGUUUACUCUAGAUUUUGGCUACACUUUAGUUUGUAACAUUGCUCGUUGCCCACAAGAGAAAUAUCCAGGAAUGUGGAUACUACCUGUGGUAGUUCUAAUGGAUUACAGAGAACAAAAGCCAUGUGCAUAUGUUGAUGACUGUGCUAACAUGCCACGAGAGAAGAAUGAGGCUUAUCAGAUGCUUUGGAAAAAUUUUCUUCGUAACUAUCGCAGUAAUCGAGCUCCACUGUACCUAAAUUUGCAUUCCCCUUGGCUAAACACUGAAUAUCAACUAGAUGCAAUGGACGAAUUUAUUGAAAAAUUAACAUCGUUUGAUGAUGUGUAUAUCGUAACUGUCUCUCAAGCACUUCAGUGGCAGAUGAAUCCCACACCACUGGACCAAAUUAAAGAUUUCAAACCAUUUCAAUGCCCUACAUUUGAAGCUAAUAUAGAAGAUAAAAAGAAAUGUACAUUCACAUUUAAACAUAGCACAGCUGUUGAUGAUCACAAUAAACAGUCAACACAAGAAGAAAGUAAAACUAACCAUUUUGCCAAGAACAAUCAAGAGAAGGUGUCUAAAGUAGAGGGCGCUAGAGAGAAGGAAACACAAGUAGAUUAUGACAAAGCGCGACGCAUUCAUACUAAUGUUAACAACAGAGUUCACAGCAGUGAAAAUGAUUUCUUUGAUGAGGACAAUAACAAAGAAUUAGAUACUGGUGGCAUUCAUCAUCACCACAGUCAUAAAACACAUAAGCCGUGGUUUUUAAAAGGAGACGCCCCGCGCUUGAUUCCUCAUAUAACGUUUAGCUCAUUUUAUUACUUCGUUCUCUUGUGCUUAUAUUCUUGAAAGGUAAGCAUAUAAAGAGAAUAAAGAAGGUCAAUAUGUGAAACAUUAAAUUUAUUUU